UGUGAGGGGGCAGUGCUGCCCAUCUGGGGUUCUGGGGGUGGCUUGGCCGCCCAGUGACUAAGGCAUGCUCCAGUAAGGAAGGAAGCGUAUGGCAGUGCUGGCAUGUUGCGUCACAGGCCAAGCAAUAUAACCACUCCUCGGAGCAAGCGCUAAGAACAGCAGGACUUCUUGGUCCCUAGCCAUUUGCCUGCCAUCUCCACAGCCAUGUGCCCGGGCUGGCUGGCCCUCACCCUCCUGUCUGUGCUGAGCCUGUGUACCCAGGCCUUCAACAGCCGGCUUGUCAAGUGCCUUGAGGACCCCCAGUAUGAAGAGCUGGUGCGGCUGGCCCAAGACGGGCUGGGGCAGACGGCGGAAAGGAAACACAUAGUAGUGAUUGGAGCAGGCAUGGCCGGGCUCACCGCUGCCAAGACCCUGCAGGACGCCGGCCACCAGGUGACUGUCCUGGAGGCCUCAGGACGUGUGGGUGGCAGAAUAGAGACCCACAGAGUGCCCGGAGCACAGUGGUAUGUGGAACUGGGCGCCAUGAGGAUACCCGCCAGCCACAGGCUCUCUCGUGAGCUCAUCAGGAAGUUUGGGCUAAAGCUCAAUGAGUUCCAUGCCUCCCACAACCAGACUUGGGUGCUGGUCAACGGGGUGCGGAGGCGCACGGGGGACGUGCAGGCCAACCCCAGCCUGCUGGGCUACCCAGUCAGGGCAGAUGAGGAGGGGAAGACAGCAGAACAGCUCUUCGAAGAAUCACUGAGGAAGAUGGUGGAGGAGCUGGAAAGCAAGAGCUGCAGCCAGGUGCUGGAGAAAUAUGACUCCUUCUCCACCAAGGAAUACCUGAUCAAGGUGGGAAACCUGAGCCUCGGGGCCGUGCAGAUGAUCGGGGACCUGCUGAAUACAGAUGCUGGCUACUACCUGCCCUUCUUGGAGACCCUGCGUGACCUUGUCUCCUUCCAGGAGCCCCGGUGGGAAGUGUGGCAGGGAACUGGGGAAACGGGCGACUCCAUCUCUCGGGGCACCAAGACAAGCAGAAAGCUGCAGGGGCCUGGGAAGGGCAGGAGUGAAGACCUGGGGCCAGAGGAGCUCAGCCAGGCACCGACUCCUGGAGCGGAGGAUGAAAGCCGGCAGGUCUAA